CGCGCGUCGCCAACGCCCCGGGACCGGAGCCUCGCGCCGCCCGCCCGCCGCGUUUCCCUGCUUCUCACGCCGGGAGCCAGCGCUUUUUCUCAGUUCACUCCUUACAACCAGGACAGAAGGGUGACGGCUGAAGUGGGAAGCGCCUGGCGGCCAGCCGCCUUUGCCACUCCCUGGAGGGGUGGGAGGAGUUGUGGAGUCUUGGAGUCGAUGGGAACUGUGGAGGUGCUCCGGUCCAGCCUCCGCCCCAGCCAGUGAGGGAAGCCCUUGCACGGCUCCCUGAGACCCUGCCCUCCCACCCUCUGCUCGGAACCACCAGGGAUGCGCCGCCUCCUGAGAGCCGCCUCCGCUGUUCCUUAGAGGGACAGGUCGCUGCCGCCACCACAGCCGCUUCUGUCAGCUUCAGUAACUCUGACCUUAUUUCUGCUUUGUGGUGAGGGAGCCUUCUUCCUAGCUUGUAUCACGGUAACAUCGUUCUCUUCUUGGCUCUCUGUCCUUACGAUCGGGCUCUUCCUGAUCCCAGGGACCGGGCCUCGGUGUUGACUCCGGUCUGGUGAGUGAGCCCUGGGCACGCUGGCUGGAGUGGCCGGCCGCGGCCUUCAGCGCGCCCCACCUCGGGCUCUGGAAUAGCCCCCGCUCCCCUUGUACCUGGUCUCUCCCCAAACUGAGUCUCUGGAUUCUAGCUGCCAAGCAGCCAGACCUGAGUGUUUUCAGAGGAGAGGUAAUUUUGCUCCCAGAUAAACUUCUAAUCCUCUUAAUAACUGGCCUUUUCUCUCUCUAGAACAUUUGGGACUCCAGUGGGUUUUCUGCUUGUGUGUAUGUGUGUUUUCUCUUUGUCGUAAACAUCCACGGGUACCUCAGGCACCCUUUUACUGAAUGCUGGGCCACUUGGCGAGAGCGCUGAGCUGUCGGGAGGUGCCUGCCACACCCCCAGCACCUCCGCCGGGCUCCGCCGAGUGAACUGGCCGCUCGAGAGGCCUGAUGCGUGCAGGGCAGCGAUGAGGAGGAGCAGGGGCUGGGGUCCCCUGUGCUCCGUAACCAGCAGCCUCCAGGCAGCUGUGGGCCUUCUUGUUAUGCAAGACGGAGGAGGGCUGGAGGCAGGGAGGUCUGUCUGACCAGUAAUUUAACCCCACUUUCUUCUCUUCGCCCCUCAAUAAGGAUCUUUCCCAGAUGUGAAGGUCCCUCCCUGGGCACUGCUCUGGUCAGACCAACAUCCAGUUGCCUGGGGACCCUGGUUCACUCCAGCACAGGCCCUUGCCUGGAGAGAGCCCUGCCCCUGCCCUACCUGCUUCCCUGGGCAAGGCUGCCAGUCCUCAUCCUUUGGGCUCUCCGGGCGUGCCGUCUCCAAGGCCCAGUGUCCCCCACGUCUCCACAGGUGUUUGGAGAGUGAACACCAGGUUCCCCCUCCCCUGCUCAUCCCCUCGACCUCUAGGACACGCCCAGCUCCACAAUGGCAGCAGAGACCCUCAACUUUGGGCCUGAGUGGCUGAGGGCCCUUUCUAGUGGUGGCAGUGUGGCCUCCCCACCCCCAUCCCCUGCCAUGCCCAAAUACAAGCUGGCCGACUAUCGCUACGGGCGAGAGGAGAUGCUGGCCCUCUAUGUCAAGGAGAGCAAGGUCCCCGAUGAGCUGCAAGACAAGGAGUUUGCUGCGGUGCUGCAGGAGGAGCCGCUGCAGCCCCUGGCCCUGGAGCCUCUGACUGAGGAGGAGCAGAGAAACUUCUCCCUGUCAGUGAACAGUGUGGCUGUGCUGAGGCUGAUGGGGAAAGGGGCUGGUCCCCCCCUAGGUGGCGCCUCCCGUGGCAGGGGCAGCACGCGGAGCCGAGGCCGCGGCCGUGGUGACAGUUGCUUUUACCAAAGAAGCAUUGAAGAAGGCGAUGGGGCCUUUGGCCGAAACCCCCGGGAGAUCCAGCGUAGCCAGAGUUGGGAUGACAGAAGCGAGAGGCGGUUUGAGAAGUCGGCCAGGAGGGAUGGAGCGCGAUCCGGGUUUGAUGAGGGAGGGGCUGGCCCGAGGAAGGAGCAUGCCCGCUCAGAUAGCGAGAACUGGCGUUCUCUCCGAGAGGAGCAAGAGGAAGAGGAGGAGGGCAGCUGGAGACUUGGGGCAGGACCCCGGCGAGAUGGCGACCGCUGGCGCUCUGCCAGCCCUGAUGGCGGCCCCCGCUCUGCUGGCUGGCGGGAACAUGGGGACCGGCGUCGCAAGUUUGAAUUUGAUUUGCGAGGGGAUCGAGGAGGGUGUGGUGAAGAGGAGGGGAGGGGUGGGGGGGGCAGCUCUCACCUCCGGAGGUGCCGAGGGCCUGACGGCUUUGAUGACGACAAGGAUGGGCUCCCGGAGUGGUGUCUGGACGAUGAGGAUGAAGAAAUGGGCACCUUCGAUGCCUCCGGGGCCUUCUUGCCUCUCAAGAAGGGCCCCAAGGAGCCCAUUCCUGAGGAGCAGGAGCUCGACUUCCAGGGUCUGGAGGAAGAGGAGGAAGAGCCUUCCGAAGGGCUGGACGAGGAGGGGCCUGAGGCGGGUGGGAAGGAACUGACCCCACUGCCUCCUCAGGAGGAGAAGUCCAGCUCCCCGCCCCCACUGCCCAGCUUGGGCCCACUCUGGGGAGGUAACGGGGAAGGCGAUGAUGCUGUGGAGAAGGACCUGCCGGCAGCUGAAGGAGACGAUAUGAGAGCAGUGCAGCUGAGUCCUGGGGUGGGCUCACCCCCUGGCCCACCUGGAGAUCUGGAAGAUGAUGAAGGCUUGAAGCACCUGCAGCAGGAGGCAGAGAAGCUCGUGGCCUCCCUGCAGGACAGCUCCCUGGAGGAGGAGCAGUUCACAGCCGCCAUCCAGGCCCAGGGCCUGCGCCACUCUGCAGCUGCCACCGCCCUCCCCCUCAGUCAUGGUGCGGCCCGGAAGUGGUUCUACAAGGACCCGCAGGGGGAGAUCCAAGGCCCCUUCACGACACAGGAGAUGGCGGAGUGGUUCCAGGCGGGCUAUUUCUCCAUGGCCCUGCUUGUGAAGCGGGGCUGUGAUGAGGGCUUCCAGCCGUUGGGUGAGGUGAUCAAGAUGUGGGGUCGUGUGCCCUUUGCCCCUGGGCCCUCACCACCCCCACUGCUGGCCCUCACUCAGGGAAACAUGGACCAGGAGCGGCUGAAGAAGCAACAGGAGCUGGCGGCAGCCGCCUUGUACCAGCAGCUGCAGCACCAGCAGUUUCUGCAGCUGGUCGGCAGCCGCCAGCUCCCGCAGUGUGCGCUUCGGGAAAAGGCGGCUCUGGGGGACCUGCCGCCGCCUCCGCAGCAGCAGAUCACCGCGUUCCUGCAGCAGCUCCAAGCUCUCAAGCCCCCCAGGGGUGGGGACCAGAACUUGCUCCCGACGAUGAACCGGUCCUUGUCAGUGCCAGACUCGGGCCCCCUCUGGGACAUACAUACCUCAGCCUCAUCACAGUCAGGCGGUGAGGCCAGUCUUUGGGACAUACCAAUUAACUCUUCGACUCAGGGUCCAAUUCUAGAACAACUCCAGCUGCAACAUAAAUUCCAGGAGCGCCGAGAAGUGGAGCUCAGGGCGAAGCGGGAGGAGGAGGAGCGCAAGCGCCGAGAGGAGAAGCGCCGCCAGCAGCAGCAGCAGGAGGAGCAGAAGCGGCGGCAGGAGGAGGAGGAGCUGUUUCGGCGCAAGCAGGUGCGGCAGCAGGAGCUCCUGCUGAAGCUGCUCCAGCAGCAGCAGGCGGCGGCUGCCGUCCCCGUGCCUCCUGCGCCCAGUUCCCCGCCCCCGCUGUGGGCCGGCCUGGCCAAGCAGGGCCUGUCCAUGAAGACGCUGCUGGAGCUGCAGCUGGAGGGCGAGCGGCAGAUGCACAAGCAGCCCCCGCCUCGGGAGCCGUCGCGGGCCCCGGCUCCCAACCACCGUGUGCAGCUCGGGGGCCUGGGCGCCGCCCCCCUGAACCAGUGGGUAUCUGAGGCCGGGCCGCUGUGGGGCGGGCCCGACAAGAGUGGGGGCAGCAGCGGCCUGGGGCUCUGGGAGGACACCCUCAAGAGCAGCGGGAGCCUGGCCCGCAGCCUGGGCCUGAAGAACAGCCGCAGCAGCCCUUCUCUCAGUGACUCGUACAGCCACCUGUCAGGGCGGCCUGUGCGCAAAAAGACGGAGGAGGAGGAGAAGCUGCUGAAGCUGCUCCAGGGCAUCCCCCGGCCCCAGGAUGGCUUCACCCAGUGGUGUGAGCAGAUGCUGCACACGCUGAGCGCCACGGGCAGCCUGGACGUGCCCAUGGCUGUAGCGAUCCUCAAGGAGGUGGAGUCCCCCUACGACGUCCAUGACUAUAUCCGUUCCUGCCUGGGGGACACGCUGGAAGCCAAAGAAUUUGCCAAACAAUUCCUGGAGCGGAGGGCCAAGCAGAAGGCCAGCCAGCAGCGGCAGCAGCAGCAGGAGGCUUGGCUGAGCAGUGGCUCCCUGCAGACAGCCUUUCAGACCAACCACAGCACCAAACUCGGCUCUGGGGAGGGCAGCAAGGCCAAGAGGCGGGCACUGAUGCUGCACUCGGACCCCAGCAUCUUGGGGUACUCCCUGCAUGGACCUUCUGGUGAGAUCGAGAGCGUGGAUGACUACUGACCAGCCCGUCCCACCAGCACCCUGGGCUAUAGGCCAGGGGCAGCAGCAGCGGCUUGGACCCCUGGGUCCCCAGACUGCAGGCUCCCCACGAGGAGCAUAGGAGGAAGCAGGGGCAGGGUCCCCAGCACUUGUUACAAACCACACGAUGCACCUUAACUCACCCACCACGAGGCACUUUACAGAUUGGGGGGAAGGGUUUUUUUGUUUUGUUUUUGUUUUUAAUUUUAAACAACAUUGAAGAAAACAUUAGGAGAGACAAAAAAAAAUUGUUAAGAAGUAGACUCUAAGCACCCCCUUUCCCUUUUGGGGAUGGGGGAGCGACAAUGGAAGAUCCACAGAGGUUUUUGUUUCGUUUUUUUCUUUUUUUUUUUUUUUUUUUUUUUUUAAGAAAAAAGAAAAAAAAAAAAAAAAUGGUUAGGAGACUGAAAGAAAAAACACACUGUUAUUUUGGGGCAGUGGGGACACGGGACCCACGGACCUGUCCUGCCUGGCCCCCGAGGCUGCACUUACCCUCCCUGCCCCACACGGUGGGCCACUGGGGUAACUGGAAGCUGGGGUGCCAGCAGUUUGCACAGCGAGGCCCCCUCAGCCCCGCCGGCCGGACCCGCUGUGAACGGCUCCCUUGUUGCUGUGACUGUGGCAGAGGCGUCUGAGGUGGGGGCCAAAGUAGCCCCUUGGCUUUGCUGCUUCUGGGGAAAGUUGCACAAAUGGGCCAGGCCGCCUCAGCACCCCAGGCUGCCACCCUGCGCCGGCUGACAGGGUGGAUGGGAGAGGGCCGGCAGUGCCAACCUCAUCUGGCUGUCAGGCCGGCAGAACUUCCACUCUGGCCCUGGUGAGGGGCUUCCCCCUCCGCUGCCAUUCGGGGGGGCCGGCCUGGGUGUGAAGCUGAAAGUCCCAGCUCCCUGCCUUGCCACAUGAAUGUAUUCUCUGGGCCACGAGCCCCUGCUGUGCCCGCUGCCUCAACCCCGAGCGAGGUGGGGGCGGAGCAGUUCCUCCAGGAGCUGGAGAGAGAGGCGCCACUUAAUGACUGUUGCUCCUCCUGUGAAGGGGGUAGGCGAGGGGCCGAGGAGGCCACGGGAGUGGGCCGCUUGGGGCUUCAGGUUGCAGUGCGGGGCUGUUAGAAGGGAGCUCCCUGCCUGCAGCCAGCUGUGUGGGAUGUGGACCACCCAGCUCGGCCCUGACCCCUCCAUUGACCAAAUGGGAGAGGAGCAAGCGGCCUCUCGCCUCCCUGCUCCCCUCAUGUUUUUAAAUGUUGGGUAGGGGUGGGGUGUCAAAAAUGGGAGUGUCUGUCUCUCCUGGGUCGGGGGUAGGCUGCCCUUCACCAACUUCUUAUUCCCAAUCACCUACCUGGGUUUGUCUCCAUUUGGGUUUGGUUUUUUUUUUUUUUUUUUUUUUUUAAGUUUGUUGUAUCUUUUGGAUUUCUCAUUUAACUUCUCCCAUGGACCUCAUUGCUCAGAGCGCAGUAUUAGGGCAAGAUUCUGCCACUGCCUCCCCUCCAUGAAUGUAUUUAUCCUUCCUGCCCUGGGGAAAUGGGGAGUGGCCCCAGUUUUCUUUCCCCAUCUAUCCCCAGAGAGAUGAUUUUUUUUUUUUUUUACUUUUUUUUUUUGCACCAAAGUGGCAACUGGGUCAGUGUUGGGGGAUAAAGCUGGCCUCGGGGGUGGAGGGGCCCCCUCCACCUGCUUCUCCCUGGUUUCAACAGUGUUAGCGUCCGUGAAAAGACAAUAUUCUCUCUAAAGCAAUAAGGGGGUGAUGGGCCAGGGGGAAAUGUCUUGCUGCUGCUGGCCCCCCAGCUCCCCCUUUCCUCGAGCCAGUAUUUGGCGGCAUUAGAGGUGUUGGGGGAGUACUGUUGUGACUGAAUGUAACUGCCCCCACCCCUGCCGCAGCCAAUGCAGGGGGAGGGGGGAUGACACUCUUCCCCGUCUCUUCCUUCCCCUCCCCCCUCCAGCUAAAGAGACUUUGAAUUUAGGGGGCCCUUGAGCCUGGAGAGGCCUUAACCCUGUGAGGAAGUGUAGGGGGAGCCCUCUCCCACCCCCAUCCCCUUCUGAGAGUGGUCAAUGUUUACAAGCCCCUGAGCCCCCCAGCCCAGGGACUCAGGCCCCUUGCUGUCCUUUCCCAGCCCGUCUUCCUGGGCCCCGGCUGCUCCCCCGCCCUUCCCGGGGUUAGGGUGGGUGCAGGGGUCAUUCUGUAUCUUGUCUGCCUUGUACCCACCAUCUCCCCAACCUGUGUGACUCCCUUCUCGUCUACCUGCCUCUGUAAAUACUCCGCUUCCCCCCAAUAAAACUUGGUGUGUGUUCUCCC